AGAUGUGGUCUGCUCUUGCAAUCCCCACUUUUUUGUUCCUGAGUCUUUUUUCAGUAGGAUUAGCCUCAAAUCCAGAGUCAGUCAGAGCUAUAAAUAAAAACUAUCCUCCUUUUUGGGAUCAAGUUAGUGGAGAUAUAACAGUAUUUCCAGUGAAGGAUAACAAAAUCAUCAUUAAUAUCUGGAAUUAUGUGGAUCGACUACAGAUGUAUAAGAUUCUCAUAACACAAACAAACAAAUAUUUCGUGCAUAUUGGAGCAAAUGAUACAGGCAACGUACUGUGGGCUCUCGCUUUAACUUAUGGAAAGCUAUAUAAAACAGGUAGAUUUUCAGACCCUUCCAAUAGCUCAGCGUAUGUUUAUGAUGCUGGAUCUCCUAGCUAUAUAUCAGUCAAUAGUGGCUGGGGAGGUCUUAACUUCUUUGAGAUUGUUAUGAAUUUCCUUGCUGCAGUAGAAUCAAAGUUUUUGAAUGUACCAUAUGAGAUAGUGCUAGUAUCUCGAGGGGAGAACAAGUCUGACUUCUGUUAUUCUGUAAAGGAAUGCAGGGCAUCAUACCCAGAAGCUAUGGAUGCAGCCGUAGAGUUUUAUCAGUAUUUGCAGUCCACGAGGCCAGCUCUUGGCAAUGUUUCUGUUUAUAACGCAAGUGAAGAGAGAGCAACCCUUCUAAUGUGGAAGGCCCAUCGGGCAGCUAUCAAUAUUGGAUUAUCAAAAUUCACCAACAUGUCAUGGUACUCUUCAGUGUCUGAAAGAAACUUCACCGUGGACUUUCUAAACUUCAUGGAGUUUUGUGAGAGCACAGUAUACCACUCAGAUUUUAAUUCUUCAAAAUCCUUUCUUUUGGGUUUCCCAUCUAAGCCACUUGAAGAUGGAGAAAACAUAGCUUCAAACACGAACUUCAAAACACGGGAAAAAGCAUUUCUUACUUUAGUAAAAUUUAUGGCUAAUCUAAAUAAAGUCACAGAUGGCUGUUUUUUUAUGGUUUGGAAGUCGACUGUGGAAUCUACACAACUACGUCAUUCUUUGGGACGUUUCCUUAUUGAAACUCUUUUGCUAAUGCCCCUUAAAGCAUAGCCUAAAACUAUUUUAUUACAUGUUGAACAUUUUAAUUCCAUAUUAAAAAGCAAUUAAAUAUUAUAGUCAGUAUUUUAUAAUUUUUCUGUUUCUUUCUAUCCAACUUGUGCCUUCUUAUUUUGAUUUAUUAGCCAGUAAUGAUUUUAGCUGAAUAAUUAUAUGGCUAACAAAAGUCUAAUUAAUUUUAUUGAAUGCUUGAGUUACAAGUAAACAUAUCUUAUGUUAUUUAUUUGUCUUCAUUUUCCUAAUUUCUUUUGCCCAAAUGUUGUCCAUUUUACUAUUUCAAAUUUAGAUAUUCUGUUGGCCAGAUUUAUUUGAACUUGACACAAACUAUAGUCAUCUGAGAGGAGAGAACCUCAAUGAAGAAAAUGUUUCCAUAAGAUUAGAGCUGUAGGCAAGUCUGUAGGUCAUUUUCUUAAUUCAUGAUUGAUGGGUAGGACCCAGCCCAUCAUGGGUGGUGCCAUCUCUGGUCGGGUGGUACUAGUUUCAAUAAGAAAGCAGACUGAGCAAGCCAUGGGGAGCAAACCAGUGAGCAACUCACCUUUAUGGCCUCUGCUUCAGCUCUUGCCUCCAAGAUUGUGUCCUUUUGCAUUCCUGUUCUGAUUUCUUUUGAUGAUGAACAGUGUUGUGGAAGUAUAAGCUGAUUAACCCUUUCUUCCCCAAGUUAAUUCAGUCAUGGUGUUUCAUGGUAGCAAU